GUCCAACAGCGUUCUUGCUACCAAAAGGAGAGACUUCUGCUCAUUAAAAAAUCAAAACUGCCUCAGAAUCGCCGCCUACACAGACAUGCUAGUCUUGAUGGAUGUCCCUCCACGCUCUCCCUCCUCUCCCCCUUUCUCUCUCUGCUGUAUUUUUUAGUCUUCAAGUAGAAUCUCCAAAACCAUAGAGAAGAGCUGUCGUUUUCUUUUGGAUUAGUCAAAUCUUGUACCAAACCGAAACGGUCCACUUUCAAACGAGCUCCCUAUUUAUGUCCUUCUUCUUCCUCGCCAUUUAGGUUUCAUACACUCCACAAGUUUCAAACUUUGAAUUCGAAUCAGUCGGCUUCUGGAUUUUUGCCUUCUGGGUAGUUCUACUUUCAGCUCCAGAAGAACUUGCACUGAAAAAAGUUACCAGCAUAAGGAUAUCUUGGUUCACUUUCAAAGCUUAUGCUUGUGGGAACGAUGCCUACCUCUACAAUGCCCAUCCCACGGGUAGCAUCUAAUUUUGAUGAGGUUUCUAUGCAUCAGAGCUUGCUUUUCUCUGAUAGUCUCAAGGAUUUGAAGAAUUUGAGAAGACAAUUGUACUCAGCAGCAGAGUACUUUGAACUGUCAUACACAAAUGAUGACCAGAAACAAAUAGUGGUAGAAACAUUGAAAGAUUAUGCCAUUAAAGCUCUCGUGAAUACGGUGGAUCAUUUGGGUUCUGUUACAUAUAAGGUUAACGAUCUCUUUGAUGAAAAGGUGGAUGAAGUUUCUGGCACAGAGUUUCGGGUAUCUUGCAUUGAACAGAGGAUAAGGACAUGUCAAGAAUACAUCGAUCAUGAGGGUCUUUCUCAACAGUCGUCGAUUAUAGAUACUCCUAAAUACCACAAGCGGUACAUCUUUCCAGUUAGUGAGACCAUGCACGGAGGCAGCAGAACUAAAUCCAAAUACCAAGAAUGCAACCUAGAUGAUGAAGACGAAUGGCAUCAAUUUCGGAAUGCUGUUCGCGCUACAAUUAGAGAGACCCCACCAUCUACUGUCAGCAAAGGGCGUUCUCCGUCUCCUUCUCCACAACCUCCCCGGCGACCUGGAGUUUUUUCGUUUACGUCUACCAUGCCCAAAAAAGAAUUAGACAAGCGAACAGUUUCACCUCAUCGAUUUCCACUUUUACGGUCUGGAUCUCUUGCAAGGAGGCCAACGACCCCAAACAAAAGUCGGUCAACUACCCCGAACUCAAGUAGGCCGACAACUCCAAAUCCUGCUAAUGCCAGACGACGGUACCCUUCGGAGCCUCGGAAGUCAGCUUCAAUGCGAUUACCUGCUGAAAGAGAUAAUGGCAGAGAGGUUGAACAAUACCCCAGCAAAAGUAAACGGCUACUCAAGGCCUUGCUUAGCCGGCGAAAGUCGAAGAAAGAUGACAUGUUAUACACUUACUUGGAUGAAUACUAGAAAUUGCGAAUGGACAUUGGAAGCAGAAAAUACUGCUUCCAGCUUUCGCUUUCGUACUAGUUUGGUACUGAGGUGCUUUUAUAAAAAGUGGGUAUAAAAAAAAGCUGAGCUCAAAAAAGUGUUUGGUAAACGCUUAAAAACAGCUUAUUUUCACAGUUUUAGGUGAAAAAACUGAAAACGUGAAGCAGCAAAAAUGAGUUUAUUCUCACAGCACAGCAGAAUCAGUUUUUUUUUCAAAGCACAGCAAUACCCAACCAGCCUUUCGUUUGAUUACCUUUUCCUUUCUAUAAAGCAAUGUGUGUUUUCAUAUUUAUACACUGUACGGUGUAUAUAUCAAUAUUACUUCCCAUUUCAG